AAUUAUAUUUGUUACUUUUGUUUACAUUAUUUGUACACCUACACAAAGUUAUUUUGUCAGAUUGUAUAUAUGUACUCUAUGAGCAUGUCCUUCAAUUCUCUGUCCCUCAUUAUUUCCAGCUGUUCACUUGGCCCUCAACAGCAUCUGCCACUGUCUCCAGCUGUAGAAUGUUAGGUCUGAAAGAUUUUUCCAUCAGAAUUCUGCAGCUAUUGUUCUGCUGCGUUUAGAACCUAUGGUUGCUACUAAGGAAACAGAAGCCAUGAGGAUCCCUGGUCCUUAGUAUGUGACUUGUUCCUUACUAACUAAAAGGGUUCCCGAUUUUCCCAUCGGCCCUGAUAGUCUGAAGUUUCACAAAGUGUUUCUGUGGCUCUCUGAAUCCACGGUACUAGGUACCUUUUAAUCUAGAGAUCUGGGUGCUUCAGUUUGGGGACAGUUCUCUUGUGUUUUCUUAGCUGGCCUACCACGGUUAUAAUCCCAGAAUUUGGAGGCAGGAGGAUCAGGAGUUCAAGGCUAGCCUGGCCUACAUCAUGAAUCAGAGGCCAGCCUGGGCUCUGUGAGACUCUCCCAUUCCGUUGUUGUUUCUUUUUUAAUUACUUUUGUUUGAUGUUAGACGUCCUGGACUGGUUUCUCUCCCUUCUUCUUUUCCCUCUAUUUCUGUCUAUAACCCUUCUGUUGGUUUUCCAGUGUCAACUCUGGUAAAUUUUAACUUCCCAGGGACUUCUUUAAUUCCGCGAUUUUUUUUUUUUUAAUGGCAAGGUGACAAGGGAGGAGGGCCAGGUGCUUAUAAAGUGGCCUGGGACCUUCGCCAUAAUCUUUCUCUCUACCUGAGGUCUACCUCCAAGGUCUCCCAUGGCUCCUCUAGUUUGGACUCUGACGCUGCUGGUGGGGGCUGCCUGGGGCCAGGACCAAGCACCUGCCCCUGUGCGGAGACAGAAUUCUCUGGACUGGAAACCAAUGACGCACACUUCGAUGGAGAGCUCCAUUCUCACAAAGUGUGACUUUGAAGAUGACACCAGACCUUUGUGUGACUGGUCUCAAAUGUCCUCGGAUGAUGGGGACUGGCUUCGGACGACUGGACCCUCCCCCACUGGCACUUCUGGCCCCCCCGGGGGCUACCCCAAUGGAGAGGGCUAUUACCUGCACAUGGAUGCCAGCACCUUCCCUCGGGGUGGAGUGGCACGCCUGCGCAGCCCGGACAUAUGGGAGCAAGGCCCACUCUGCAUCCAUUUCGCCUUCCACAUGUUUGGGCUGUCAUGGGGUGCGCAGCUCAGACUGAUGCUGCUCAGGGGUCGGAAGCACCAGCGGCCCAACGUGCUCUGGAAACAUGUGAACACCCAGAGUCCCUCCUGGAUGCCCACGACUGUCACUGUGCCAGCAGAUCGUGAUAUACCAAGCAGGCUGAUGUUUGAGGGCAUAAGGGGCAACACUGCCUACCUGGACAUCUCUCUGGAUGGCCUCUCUAUCCGGAAGGGCACCUGCAAUCGGAUAUGCAUGUCCCAGAUGUGCACCUUUGAUACUCUAAACAAUCUCUGUGGCUGGAGCUGGGUCCCAACUGCCACCGGGGCCAAGUGGACUCAGAAGAAGGGAUCAUCGGGGAUGCCGGGUGUGGGACCUGAUGACGACUUCUCUAGCCCUGGCAGUGGCUACUACAUGCUCCUGGACCCUACGAAUGCAAGACCAGGACAGAAAGCUGUACUUCUGAGUCCCCUGACCCAUUCCAGCGGCUGCCUGACCCUGUCUUUCUACUACAUAAUGCGCGGCCGGUCGGCUGGCGAUGGCCUUUUUGCCUAUGCUUCAUUCUUAGGCAACAUCCGGAAGCACACUCUCUUCUCAGGACACUAUGGACCCAACUGGCAGGCUGUGUCUGUCAAUUAUACAGGACAGGGACAGAUACAGUUCAUAGUGGUGGGUGUGUUUGGAGAGAAGCCAGAGCCAGCAAUAGCUGUGGAUUCUAUCAGCAUUUCUCCCUGUGGGGAGGGCUUUCCCCAGUGCAACUUUGAAGACAGAAUUCAUCCUUUCUGUGACUGGAACCAUGUGAUAGGAGACGUCGGACACUGGAACUGGGGGAGUAAAAGUGUACCCACCCCCAUCUCAGGACCCCCAAGAGAGUUCCCAUAUGGAGGGGAGCAUUAUAUUUACUUCGAUUCAAUCAUGUUACCUGAGGUGGGACAGUCUGCCAGGUUGGUGAGUCCACCCUUCUGUGCCCCUGGGGAUGUCUGUGUGGAGUUUGCUUACCACAUGUACGGCCUUGGAGAAGGUACCACGCUCAAGCUCCUGUUGGGGAGUCCUGCGGGCAGUUCUCCCAUUUCUCUGUGGAAACGUGUUGGAUCUCAGAGCACUGGCUGGGUGAACAGCUCUGUCACCAUCGCUAAGGGACAUCAGCAGCCCAUGCAGUUGUUUCUUGAGGCCACCCGGGGUACCAGCACUGCCUUUGUCGUCGCUGUGAAUUUCAUCUUGAUCAGUCAUGGGCCGUGUCGGGCUAAGAUGAAACCCGAGGACCCAGCUUCUUCCCUGCUCCCUGGAUUGUCACAGAUGGAGACUACUUCCGUUUCUCUGGGUCCACUUAUUGGCUCUUCUGAAAUCAUAGUCCCUAUAUUCCCCAUAGAAACGACCAUUGUCCCCACUGAAGAAAUCACGGCCUCCGCAGAAAGAACCACUAUCCCUCCUGAGGAGACAACUGUUCCCACAGCAGUGGUCAGUAGUGCCACAGAAGUGACCACUUUUACUUCAGAAGUGACCACUGUCACUACAGAAGAGAGUACUGUCUCUCCUGAAGAGGCCAGCAUCCCUCCUGAGGAAAUCACCACCUCUCCAGAAGUGACCACUGUCCACACAACAGUGGUUACUGCUGCCACAGAAAUGGCCACUUUCACUUCAGAAGUGACCACUGUCUCUCCUGAAGAGGCCAGUGUCCCUCCUGAGGAGACCACCUCUAGAGAAGUAACCACUGUAUCUUCUGAACAGACCAGAGCCCAUCCUGAGGAGACCACCACCUCUCCAGAAGUGACCACUGUCCACACAGCAGUGGUCGCUGCUGCCACAGAAGUGACCACUGUCACGGCAGAAGUGACCACUGUCACGGCAGAAGUGACCACUGUCCCUCCUGAGGAGACCACCACCUCUCCAGAAGUGACCACUGUUCCCACAGCAGUGGUCGCUGCUGCCACAGAAGUGACCACUGUCACGGCAGAAGUGACCACUGUCACUGCAGAAGUGACCACUGUCUCUCCUGAAGAGGCCAGUGUCCCUCCUGAGGAAACCACCCCUACAGAAGUAACCACUGUACCUCCUGAACAGACCAGCGUCCCUCCUGAGACCACCACCUCUCCAGAAGUGACCAUUGUCUCUACAGAAGUGACCACUGUCACGGCAGAAGUGACCACUGUCACUGUAGAAGUGACCACUGCCUCUCCUGAGGAGACCACCACCUCUCCAGAAGUGACCACUGUCCCCACAGCAGUGGUCACUAAUGCCACAGAAGUGACCACUGUCACUGUAGAAGUGACCACUGCCUCUCCUGAGGAGACCACCACCUCUCCAGAAGUGACCACUAUCCCCACAGCAGUGGUCACUAAUGCCACAGAAGUGACCACUGUCACUACAGAAGUGACCACUGUCUCUCCUGAAGAGGCCAGUGUCCCUCCUGAGGAGACCACCACUUCUCCAGAAGUGACCAGCGUCCCUCCUGAGGAGACCAGCACCUCUCCAGAAGUGACCACUGUCCCUUCUGAAGAGACCAGCAUCCCUCCUGAGGAGACCAGCGUCCCUCCUGAGGAGACCAGCGUCCCUCCUGAGGAGACCAGCACCUCUCCAGAAGUGACCACUGUCCCUCCUGAAGAGACCAGCGUCCCUCCUGAAGAGACCAGCGUCCCUCCUGAGGAGACCAGCGUCCCUCCUGAGGAGACCAGCGUUCCUCCUGAGGAGACCAGCACCUCUCCAGAAGUGACCACUGUCCCUCCUGAAGAAACCAGCAUCCCUCCUGAGGAGACUGCCACCCCUCCUGAAGGGACCUUUGUCCCCACUGAAGAGACUGUCUUUGCAGAGCAAUCUACCGCCAUUCAAAUGUCCACAACAGGGAGCUGCCCUCCAAAUGCCCACUUGGAAUCGUGUGCAUGCCUUGCAUCCUGUGAGAACCCCAAGCCCAGCUGCCAGACCCCCUGCCAUCCUGGCUGUGUCUGCAAUCCUGGAUUUUUGUUUAGUAGCUAUCAAUGUAUUAAUGCAUCUUCCUGCAAUUGCUUCUAUAGCAACAAAUAUUAUAAGCCUGGGGAAGAAUGGUUUAGUCCCAAUUGCACAGAACGGUGCCGCUGCUUGCCUGGUAGCCGGAUGGAGUGUCAGAUCUCCCAGUGCGGGACAUACACGGUGUGCCUGAUGGAGAAUGGCGAAUAUGAAUGCCAGCCCUAUGGUAGUGCCACCUGCCUGGUCUAUGGGGACCUUCAUUUUGUCACCUUUGAUGAGAGGCACAUUAGCUUCUCAGGGACGUGUACCUAUAUCUUGGCCCAAACCUGUGACAACUCCACAGAUUCAUUCUUUAAAAUAACAGCGAGCACCCAAGAACGGGGAGUAGAAGGCGUAUCCUCCCUGGACAAAGUCUUCAUUACUCUGCCAGAGACUACUAUUACCAUGACCAGUGGUAGAGAAACACUGAUUGGAGAACAGAGAGUCACCCUCCCAGCGAUACCUUCUAAUAACAUCUUUGUGGGUCUGAGUGGGCGAUUUGUGGAGCUGAGGACGACAUUUGGUUUGCGGGUGAAAUGGGAUGGUGACCAGCAGCUUUUUGUGACUGUGCCCAGUACCUACUCGAGAAAACUCUGUGGUUUCUGUGGGAACUAUGAUGGGGACAGCAGCAAUGAUAACCAGAAGCCAGACGGCACGAGGACGCACGAUGGGGACGAGCUGGGGAAGAGCUGGCAGCUGGAAGAGGAAGAGAACAAGGAGUGUCAGAACAAGAAGAGCCCCCCAUAUUGUGAUGCAGUCUUGGAGAGAACUAUGUCGGGGCCCAAGUUAUGUGGCCAGCUUGUUGAUCCAAGAGGAACCUUUGAGGCAUGCCUGUUCCACAUAAAGACCUCAUUCUUCUUGGAUAACUGUGUGUCGGACAUGUGUAGCUUCCAGGGGCUCCAGCAGAUGCUUUGUACUCAUAUGUCAGCCAUGACUGCAGCCUGCCAAGAUGCUGGCUAUGCCGUGAAGCCCUGGAGGAGACCCCAGUUCUGCCCCUUGGUCUGCCCUCGAAAUAGCAGGUACUCCCUAUGUGCCAAACCAUGCCCGGACACCUGCCAUCCUGGAUCUGCUCUCCAGCCCUGCCCAGAAAAGUGUGUGGAAGCAUGCGAGUGUGACCCUGGCUUCGUGCUCAGUGGUUUUGAGUGUGUUCCUCAGUCCCAGUGUGGGUGCACCAGCCUCGAGGGACGCUACUUCAAGGUACAGGAGCAAUGGUUUAAUCCAGACUGCAAAGAGAUCUGCACUUGUGAUGGCAACAACAGCGUUCGCUGCCAGCCCUGGAAGUGUAGGGCUCAGGAAGUCUGUAGCCAUAAGAAUGGCGUGUUAGGCUGUCACGCCCAAGGCGCAGCCACCUGCAUUGCCUCGGGUGAUCCCCACUACCUGACAUUUGAUGGAGCUUUGCAUCAUUUUAUGGGCACCUGCACUUACGUACUGACGCAGCCUUGCUGGUCCAAUGCUCAAGACGACAACUUUAUAGUGAGUGUUACCAACGAGGUUCGUGAUGGCAACUUGGAAGUCUCCAAUGUCAAAGCUGUCCACGUGCAGGUCUUUGGCCUCAAAGUCUCCCUGUUCAAAAGUCGAACGGUCGUGCUGAACAACCAACGGGUAGCACUACCUGUGUGGCCUUUGAAAGGACGGGUGACCAUUAGAUUGAGCGGCAUCUUUGUCCUGCUCUACACGAACUUUGGGCUUCAGGUUCGAUAUGAUGGAAAGCACCUGGUGGAGGUGACAGUGCCUUCCUUAUACGCUGGCUCGCUCUGUGGACUGUGUGGGAACUACAACAAUAACAGUUUGGAUGACAAUCUGCGUCCAAAUGGGAAGCCUGCAGGCAACUCACUUCUUCUUGGAGCUGCUUGGAAAAUACUUGAAGCUUCUGAGCCUGGCUGCUUUGUAGUCGGGGGCAAGUCCUCCAGCUGCGAAGAGAACAGCAUGGACGACGCCUGGACUAAAAAAUGCGCCAUCUUGAUGAACCCUAUUGGACCUUUCUCCAAUUGCCACGAGGCGGUGCCCCCGCAGGCCAGCUUCUCCAGUUGUGUGUACGGCCAGUGUGGGACCAAAGGAGACACCCUGGCCCUGUGCCGCUCCCUGCAGGCCUAUGCAUCGCUGUGUGCCCAAGCUGGCCAAGUGAUUACCUGGCGCAACAGCACCUUCUGCCCUCUGAGGUGCCCACCCAGGAGCAGCUAUAACCCAUGUGCCAACCCCUGCCCAGCCACCUGCCUCACCCUAAGCAUCCCAAGAGACUGUCCAACCCUGCCCUGUGUCGAAGGCUGUGAAUGCCAGACAGGCCACAUCCUGAGUGGAACUACCUGUGUGCCCCUCAGACAGUGUGGCUGCAGUGACCAGGGCGGCUCCUACCACCUGUUGGGGGAGAGCUGGUACGCAGAGAAGACUUGCACCACCCUCUGCACGUGCUCGGUCCACAGCAACAUCACCUGCAGCCAAACGGCUUGUGAGGCCAACCAUGUGUGCUUGCGCCAGAAUGGGCUGCUGCGCUGUGCUGCAGAGAUGGGAGAGUGUCAUAUCUCAGAGGAUUCCCAGAUCGUGAGCUUCGAUGGCCAUAGCCAUCCUAUCCAAGACAUGUGUACUUACAUCAUGGUCAAAGUGUGCCACCCCAGUAUGAACCUACCUUUCUUCACGAUCAGUGCCAAGGCUGACAAGGAUACCCGCACUAAACCCAACACCUUCAGUGUCUAUCAGCUAUACAUUGACAUCUUCAACUUCCGAGUCACUCUGCAGAAGCGCCAUUCAGUCCUGAUCAAUGACACGCUGGUCACCCUUCCUGCCACGACCCAGAUCCCAGGAGUCAGCAUCACGACCGAAGACGUAUAUACCAUUGUCACAAUUAAGGAUGAAGUUCAAGUCAAAUUUGAGAGCAACAAUUUCUUAGAUAUCAAAAUCUCUGCAUCCUCUAAUGGAAAGGUCUGCGGUGUGUGUGGGAAUUUCAAUGGUGAAGAAGAGGAUGAACUCAUGACAUCCCAUGAUGAACUAACCCAGGAUGAGCAGGAGUUCAUGGAUAGCUGGAAAGAUAAGGACAUCGACCCAAAUUGCCAGAAAAUCGAAGAGCAGAAUAUCCAAGUGGAACAACAUGAGAUCAUGAACGGAAACUGCAGGCCCACUGACUUCGAGAAAGCCCAAGCAAACUGCCAGACUGCUCUCCAGGGUCCUACCUGGGCCCAGUGUGCUUCCCGGGUAUCCCUUAAGCCCUUCCUGCUGGGAUGUAUGAACAACUUCUGUGAAUUCAGAGAACUCUUCCGUGCCCUCUGUGAGGCUCUGCAGUCCUUGCAGGAUGCCUGCCAGAACCAGGGGCUCAAGCCACCUAUCUGGAGGAACAGCAGCUUCUGCCCUCUGGAAUGCCCUGCUCACAGCCACUACACAAACUGCCUUCCUUCCUGUCCACCUUCCUGCUUGGACCCAAACAGCCGCUGCGAGGGCUCUGGCCACAAAGUCCCCUUCACCUGCAAGGAGGGCUGCAUCUGCCAACCGGGCUACGUGCUGAAUAAUGACAAGUGUGUGCUCAAGACUCACUGUGGCUGCAAAGACACCCAGGGUGUCUUCGUCCCAGAAGGCAAGAACUGGAUCUCCAGUAGCUGUACCCAGAACUGUGUCUGCAUUGGAGGGGCCAUUGAGUGCCAGAAUUUUCAGUGUCCCUCAGGGGCUCAGUGCCAGGACAAUGAAGAUGGCAGCAGCAACUGCGUCAAAAUCACUCUGCAGUGCCCGGCCCACAGCCUCUACACCAACUGCCUUCCCCCGUGUCCUCCUUCCUGCUCCAACCUGGAUGGCCACUGCAAGGGCACAAACCCCAAAGUCCCUUCCGCUUGCAAAGAAGGCUGCCUCUGCCACCCUGGCUUUGUGCUUGAUAAGAACAAGUGUGUACCCAGAACUCACUGUGGCUGCAAAGACACCCAGGGUGCCUUCAUCCCAGCAGGCAAGACUUGGAUGUCCACAGGCUGCACCCAGAGCUGCUCCUGCAUGAGAGGGGCCAUCAGGUGCCGGAAUUUCCAGUGUCCCCCGGGGACUCACUGUGAGGACAGCAAUGAUGGCAGCAGCAACUGUGUCAAAAUCACUCUGCAGUGCCCAGCACACAGCCAGUACACCACCUGCCUUCCUUCCUGCCUGCCUUCCUGUCUGGACCCGGAAGGACGCUGUGAGGGUGCCAACACCAAGGCCCCCUCCGCCUGCAAGGAGGGCUGUGUCUGCCAACCUGGCUAUGUGGUGAAUGAUGAAAAGUGUAUGCUCAAAAUUGAGUGUAGCUGCCAAGACACUCAGGGUGCCUUCAUCCCAGCAGGCAAGAGCUGGAUCUCCAGAGGCUGUUCUCAGAGUUGUAACUGCAUGGGAGGGGUCAUUCGAUGCCAGAAAUUCAAAUGUCCCUCAGGGACUUUCUGCCAGGACAACGAAGAUUAUACCAGUAACUGUGUCAAAACCACUAUGCAGUGUCCCGUCCACAGCUACUACACCAACUGUGUGCCGUUUUGUCUGGCUUCCUGCUCAGACCCAGAAGGCCACUGUGAGGGGAUCAGCACCAAAGCCCCCUCCACCUGCAAGGAGGGCUGUGUCUGUGAACCUGGCUUUGUGCUGCAUGAUGGCAAGUGUGUGCUCAGAAUUGAGUGUGGCUGCAAGGACGCCCAGGGUGCUCUCAUCCCAGCAGACAAGACCUGGAUCAACAGAGGCUGCACCCAGACCUGCACCUGCACAGGAGGGGCCAUCCUGUGCAGGAACUUCCAGUGUCCCUCGGGGACUUACUGCAAGGACAUCGAGGAUGGCAGCAGUAGCUGCACCGAAAUCACUCUGCAGUGCCCAGCCCACAGCCUAUUCACCAACUGCCUUCCCUCCUGUCUGCCUUCUUGCUCCAACCUGGAUGGCCACUGUGAGGGAGUCAGCACCAAAGUGCCUUCUACCUGCAAGGAGGGCUGCCUCUGUCACCCAGGCUUUGUGUUUAAUGAGGACAAGUGUGUACCCAGAGUUCAGUGUGGCUGCAAAGACACCCAGGGUACCUUCAUCCCGGCAGGAAAGACCUGGAUCUCCAGGGGCUGCACCCAGAGCUGUACCUGCAUGGAAGGGACCAUCCAGUGCCAGAAUUUUCAGUGUCCCCAAGGGAGCUUUUGCCUUGACAGCAAUGAUGGCAACAGUAGCUGCACCAAAAUCACUCUGCAGUGCCCAGCCCACACCGUCUACACUAACUGUCUUCCCUCCUGCCUGGCUUCCUGCUCGGACCCAGAUGGCCUCUGUAGGGGCAUCAGCCAUAAAGUCCCCUCCACCUGCAAAGAAGGCUGUGUCUGUGAACCUGGCUACGUGUUGCAUAACGACAAGUGUGUGCUCCGAAUUCACUGUGACUGCAAAGACGCCCAGGGUGCUCUCAUCCCGGCAGAUAAGACCUGGAUCAACAGAGGCUGCACCCAGACUUGCACCUGCGCAGGAGGGGCCAUCCUGUGCAGGAACUUCCAGUGUCCCUCGGGUACUUACUGCAAGGACAUCGAGGAUGGCAACAGUAGCUGCACCAAAAUCACUGUGCAGUGCCCCAACCACAGCCACCACACCAACUGCGUGCCAUCUUGUCUGGCUUCCUGCUCAGACCCAGAAGGCCACUGUGAGGGGAUCAGCACCAAAGCCCCCUCUACCUGCAAGGAGGGCUGUGUCUGUGAACCUGGCUUUGUGCUGCGUGAUGGCAAGUGUGUGCUUAGAAAUCACUGUGGCUGCAAGGACGCCCAGGGUGCUCUCAUCCCGGCAAACAAGACCUGGAUCAACAGAGGCUGCACCCAGAGCUGUACCUGUGUGGGAGGGGUCAUCCUGUGCAGGAAUUUCCAGUGUCCCUCGGGGACUUACUGCAGAGACAUUGUGGAUGGCAACAGUAACUGCACCAAAAUCACUGUGCAGUGCCCCAACCACAGCCAGCACACCAACUGCGUGCCAUCUUGUCUGGCUUCCUGCUCAGACCCAGAAGGCCACUGUGAGGGGAUCAGCACCAAAUCCCCCUCUACCUGCAAGGAGGGCUGUGUCUGCGAACCUGGCUUUGUGCUGCAUGAUGGCAAGUGUGUGCUUAGAAAUCACUGUGGCUGCAAGGACGCCCAGGGUGCUCUCAUCCCGUCAGGCAAGACUUGGAUCUCCAGGGGCUGCACCCAGAGCUGUGCCUGCUCAGGAGGGAUCAUCCAGUGCCAGAAUUUCCAGUGUUCCCCAGGGACUCACUGCAAGGACAACAAUGAUGGCAGCAGCAACUGUGCUAAAAUCACUCUGCAGUGUCCCGCCAACAGCCACUACACCGACUGCCUUCCCUCCUGCCCACCCUCUUGCUUGGACCUGGAGGGCCACUGCGAAGGCACCAGUCCCAAAGUCCCCCCAACUUGCAAUGAAGGUUGCCUCUGCCACUCUGGCUUUGUGCUCAGUAACGACAAAUGUAUACCCAGAAUUCAGUGUGACUGCAAAGAUGCCCAGGGCGCUCUCAUCCCGGCAGGCAAGACCUGGACUCCUAGAGGCUGUAGCCAGAGCUGUACCUGCACAGGAGGGACUGUCCAAUGUCAGAAUUUCCAGUGUCCUUCGGAGACUUACUGCAAGGACAACCAUGAUGGCAACAGUAACUGUGUGAAAAUCACUAUACAGUGCCCGGACCACAGCCACUUCACGGACUGUCUUCCCUCCUGUCAACCUUCCUGCUUUAACCCUGAUGGCCGCUGUGAGGGAACCAGCUCUGAAGUCCCUUGCAAGGAGGGCUGCAUCUGUCAACCCGGCUAUGUGUUGGGUAAUGACAAGUGUGUGCUCAAAAUUGAGUGUGACUGUAAAGACGCCCACGGUACUCUCAUUCCGGCAGGCAAGACCUGGAUCUCUGCAGGCUGUACCCAGAGCUGCACCUGUGUGGGAGGCGCCAUCCAGUGCAGGAAUUUCCAGUGUCCCCAAGGGACUUACUGCAAGGGCAGCAAUGAUGGCGGCAGUAACUGUUCUGAAAUACCUGUACAAUGCCCCGCCCACAGCCAUUUCACCAGCUGCCUUCCCUCCUGUCCACCUUCCUGUUCAAUUAUGGAUGGCCACUGUGAGGAAUCCAGCUCCAAAGUCCCCGCAACCUGUAAGGAGGGCUGUGUGUGUCAACCUGGCUACUUAUUGAAUAAUGGCAAGUGUGUGCUCCGAAUUCAGUGUGGCUGCAGAGACGCCCAGGGUGACCUCAUUCCUGCAGGCAAGACCUGGCUCAACAAAGGCUGUACAGAGAGCUGCAACUGCAUGGGAGGGACUGUCCAGUGCAGGACUUUCCAGUGUCCCCUGGGGACUCACUGCAAUGACAGCAAUAAUGGCAGCCAUGACUGUGUCAAAAUCACUCUGCAAUGUCCUGCCCAUAGCCGCUACACAAACUGCCUUCCCCCAUGUCCUCCUUCCUGUACUGAUCUGGAUGGCCACUGUGAGGGCACCAGCCCCAAAGUCCCCUCCACCUGCAAAGAGGGCUGUGUCUGCCAACCUGGAUAUGUACUGCAUAACAACAAGUGUGUGCUCCAAAUGCACUGUGGCUGCAAAGAUGCACGGGGUGACUUCAUUCCGGCAGGCAAGACCUGGCUCUCCAGUGACUGCACCCAGAGCUGUACCUGCAUGGGAGGGGUUGUCCAAUGUCACAGCUUCAACUGCCCCCCAGGGACUCAGUGCCAGAAUGGCUCAGAUGGCAACAUUAACUGCACCAAAAUCAUCAAUAUGAAGUGCCCCGCCCACAGCCGCUACACCAACUGUCUUCCCUCCUGCCCACCUUCCUGCUCAGACCCAGAAGGCCUCUGUGGGGGCGCCGUCCCAAAAGCCCCCUCCACCUGUAAAGAGGGCUGUGUCUGUCGAUCUGGCUUUGUGCUGCAUAACGACAAAUGUGUACCCAGAAUGCAGUGCAGCUGUAGAGACACCCAGGGUGUUCUCAUCCCGGCAGACAAGACCUGGCUCUCCAGAGGCUGUACCCAGAACUGUACCUGCUUGGCAGGGAACAUACAUUGCCAGAAUUUCCAGUGUCCCACUGGGACUCACUGCAAGGACAAUGAUGAUGGCAAUCGUAACUGUGCCAAAGAUGCUCUGCAGUGCCCAGACCACAGCUACCACACCAACUGCCUUCCUUCCUGCAUCCCAUCCUGCUCCAACCUGAACGAACACUGUGAGGUUACCAGCCCCAAAGGCCCCUCCACCUGCAAGGAAGGCUGCCUCUGUCAGUCUGGCUUUGUGCUCAACAGGGACAAGUGUGUACCCAGAAUUCAAUGUGACUGCAAAGACUCCCAUGGUGCUCUCAUCCCAGCAGGAAAGACCUGGAUUGCUGCAGGCUGUUCCCAGAGAUGUACCUGCAUGGGAGGACUUAUUCAGUGCCAGGGCUUCCAGUGCCCCUCAGGAACUCAGUGCCAGGACAUCGAGGAUAACAGCAGCAGUUGUGUUGAAAUCAUUGUACAGUGCCCAGCUCACAGUCGCUAUACCAGCUGCCUUCCCUCCUGUUUGCCUUCUUGCUUGGACCCAGAUGGCCUCUGCAAGGACACCAGCCCCAGAGCCUCCCCCACUUGCAAGGAGGGCUGUAUCUGUCAAUCUGGCUAUAUACUGAGCAGUGACAAGUGUAUUCCCAGAACUCAGUGCAGCUGCAAAGAUGCCCAGGGUAACCUCAUCUUGGCAGGCAAGACCUGGAUCUCCAGUGGCUGCACCCAGAGCUGUGCCUGCAUCAAUGGGGCCAUCCAGUGCCAAAAGUUCAGCUGCCCCUCGGAGUCCCACUGCCAGCAUAGUGAUGAUGGCAGCAGUACCUGUGCCUCCAACACCUUUCAAUGCCCAGCCCACAGCCACUUCACCAGCUGCCUUCCUUCUUGUUUACCUUCCUGCUUGAAUCCUGAUGGGCACUGCGAGGGCACCAGCACCAAAGUCCCUGCCGUCUGCAAUACAGGCUGCCUCUGUCAACCUGGCUACGUGCUGAACAAUGACAAGUGUGUGCCCAGAAUCCAGUGUGGCUGCAAAGAUGUCCAGGGUGCUCUCAUUCCAGAAAACAAGACGUGGAUCACUGAUGGAUGCACCCAGAGCUGUACCUGCAGGGGAGGGACUAUCCAGUGUCAUAACUUCAAAUGCCCAACAGGGUCCCAUUGCCAAUACAAUAAAGAUGGCAGCAGAAGCUGUAUCACCAGCGCUCUGAAAUGUCCGGCCCACAGCCUCUACACCAGCUGCCUCCCAUCCUGUCUACCUACCUGCUCGGACCCGGAGGGCCUCUGCCAGGGCUCCAGCCCCAGGGUCCCCUCCACCUGCAAGGAGGGCUGUUUCUGUCGAUCCGGCUACGUGCUGCAUGACGACAAGUGUGUGCUCAGAAUUCACUGUGGCUGCAAGGACGGCCGGGGCACCCUCCUCCAUACCGGCCAGACAUGGAUCUCUACUGACUGUACCCGGAUUUGUACAUGCAAGGAAGGAUUCUUUCAAUGCCAGAACUUCCAGUGCCCCUCAGGGACCCACUGCCAACAAUAUCAAGAUGGCAACAGUAACUGUGUCUCCAAUACUAUGAAGUGCCCAGCCAACAGCCUCUACACCAGUUGCCUUCCCUCCUGUCAGCCUUCCUGCUCCAACCCAAAUGGCCUCUGUGAGGGUGUCAGCCCCAAAGUCCCCUCCACCUGCAAGGAGGGCUGUGUCUGUCAACCUGGCUACCUGCUCAAUGAGGACAAGUGUGUGCUCAGAAACCAAUGUGGCUGCAAAGAUACCAAAGGUGACCUCAUCCCGACAGGCAAGACCUGGAUCUCCAGUGGCUGCACCCAGAACUGUACCUGCAUGGAUGGGGUUGUUCAGUGCCGGAACUUCAUCUGCCCCACAGGGUCCCACUGCCAGCACAGUAAUGAUGGCAGCAGUAACUGUGCGGCCAACAAAUUGGAAAAAUGUACCAUCCUUGGGGAUCCCUAUUACCACACUUUCGAUGACUUCUCCUACCGCUUCCUGGGUCGGAUGAACUACUAUCUCAUAAAGACAAUAGACAAACUCCCAGGGGGGAUCGAGCACCUGGUCAUAGAGGGGCGCAACAAAAUAUCCCCCAAAGGGAGUCCAACCUUGCAUGAAGUGACCACCAUCGUCUACGGUGAUAAAAUACAGCUUCAAGAAGGGCUGGUGGCUUUGGUCAACAAUCAAAAGGUGGCAAUCCCCUACAAUCCAAAUGACCACCUGCGGGUCCUCCUGCGGGCACAGCGGCUGUUUCUCAUCACUGACUUUGAAAUGGUGGUGGACUACGAUGGGAAGCACAGUGCAGUGAUCUCCUUGCCUACCAUGUACCGUGGGCUGAUACGGGGCCUGUGUGGAAACUAUGAUAAGGACCGAACCAAUGACUUGAUGUUGCCCAGUGGAACACUCACCUCAAACCUCAAUGUCUUUGGCAACAGUUGGGAGGUGAAGAUGAUGAAUGCCCUCUUCCGAUUGCCAAGGUCCCUGCCAGAAGAAGAUGGGGAAGAGGAAGAGUCUGACCCUCUGCCGUCAGAGUGCAGCCCAGAGCAGAUAGCGUUCCUCAGCAGCACCCAGGCCUGUAGGGUGGUGGUGGACCCCCAGGGUCCCUUUGCUGCCUGUCACCAGAUUGUAGCCCCAGAGCCCUUCGAGCAGCACUGUAUGUCCGACAUGUGCACUGGUUGGAAAACCAAGGAAGAAGAGGAGUUUCGAUGCCGGGUCCUCAGUGGAUAUGCAAUCAUUUGCCAGGAGGCAGGUGCCAACACGACUGGCUGGCGGGACCAGACACACUGUGCCAUGACAUGCCCUGCCAAUACUGUGUACCAGCCCUGUAUGACGCCCUGCCCAGCAUCCUGUGCCAAAUUUGUGACCCCCAAGGCCUGUGAAGGCCCCUGCGUGGAAGGCUGUGCCACCAUCCCAGGCUACAUCUACAGUGAUACCCAGAGCCUCCCAGUGGCACAGUGCGGCUGCACCACCAAUGGCAUCUAUUACAAGCUGGGUGACAGCUAUGUGACUGAUGACUGCUCCCAGCAUUGCACCUGCGCCAGCCAGGGGACCCUGCUGUGUGAGCCCUAUGGCUGCAGGGUUGGAGAGGCCUGCACCGUGGCCAACUUUACUCGAGGCUGCUUCCGGGAUAGUCCUUGUCUACAGAACCCCUGUCGCAAUGAUGGCCGGUGUCAGGAGCAAGGGGACACCUUCAUCUGCCAUUGUGACCUCGGUUAUGGAGGAGAAUUCUGCACAGAACCUCGGGAUAUCCCAUCCAGAAAAAAGCUAGAAUCAUCCAGCUUACUGGCCAUCCUGCCGGGAGUGCUUGUGAUGCUGUUAGUCCCUGUCUUACUGCUUAGAGUGUAUAUUUACCUGAGAACUGCCAUAGCAAGGAGGAGGAGGGAGAAACUGUUGAGACGAAAUAGACAUAGGCUGGAGGAUACAGACAGGGAACCAACAAUGAACCAAAGUGGCAACACCGCUCAAGUCCAGCGUGGUGAACUGAUGAGUGUCGGUGAGCAGUCACAGCAGCAGAAAUGACUCGGAGGCAGCUGUGCCGGCUCAUGGAAGCUGGAGACCUGGUGCUCGCUGCACGACUUGCAGGCAGCCUGACAGAUUGGAGGGCAUCCCCAGCAGUCCUUACUGCUGAUAUAGGCUGGGCCGAGAGGGGCCUAGUGUGUCUGCUCAGCUCAAGGGACGUCCUGAAUUGUUUACUUCCUGAACCUGCAGGAGCUUCCCUUUGAACACCCCAAGUCAGAACUUUGCUCUAUUCGUUGUAUGUGUGUGCAUGUAGGAGAGAAUGUCUGCCAGAUGUGUGCAGAUGCUCAUAAAGCCAGAACCUGAGGACACUGAGCUCUUUGGAACUGGAGUCACAGGCGGUUCUAAGCCAGCUGGUGUGGGUGCUGGGAACCAAACUCAGGUCCUCUGGAAGAGCAGCAAGUGCUUUUAAGCAUGGAGCCAUCUCUUCAGUCCAACAUCCUGACCUAGGAGGAAACCGUCUCCCAGCAGCUGCACACUUCACGAUGUAGUGGGCAGAGGACAGCCCUGCUGUCAUUCCUCAGGCCCCUUCCACCUUUUCUGGUGGAAGACAGGGUCUCUCAUUAGACUUUGCCCAGCAGCUAGGCUGGCUGGCCAGCCAGCUUCCACAUAUCCAUCUAUCUUUCCGGGCCGGUCCCCACUGCUGUUCUACAGUGCGUACCGCUACAUCGGGCCAUGGGAAUAAAUGGGCAACAAACA